AUGAAGUUGUUGGCAAGCUGGGAUUCGGGGCUAGCUCAACCGCAAAAGAAGUAUGUCGCCCCCAAGAUCUUCGCACGCGACGUCAGUCCAAACCCUGCCCACGAGGUGAAGAUAUACGAUUACCUAAGCACAAUCGCAUCUGAGCAUCCAGGACGAAAGCAUAUUCGGACCUGUCUGGACAGCUUCGAGGUUGAAGGUCCCGACGGCAAGCAUCAGUGUCUGGUGCAUCGACCACUCUGGGAAAGUCUUCGUGCGCUUCAGUACCAAGACAGUCGACGCAAGCUCACGGAAGAGCUUCUGAGACCGGUACUAUGGUGCAUUUUGCAAGCGAUCGACUACCUGCAUAGUGAAUGUCAUUUGGUACAUACAGAUAUCAAAGCGAAUAACAUCAUGCUUAGUCUUGAGGACGAAUCAGUUCUGGAGGCUUCUGUCAAAGAGGAAGCUGCAAACCCUGGUCCGCGGAAUAUCUAUGCGGACCGUACAAUCUACCAAUCUCGCGCGAUCACGAGGCCCAAGACGAUCGGACUUCCCGUUCUAAGCGACUUUGGGCUGGCUCGGUUCCGGGGAGGCGAUCGCAACGACGACAUACAGCCCGAGAUCUACCGGGCCCCCGAGAUCUUGCUGGACAUGGAUUGGAGCUAUAGUGUCGAUAUCUGGAACAUUGGCUCGAUGAUAUGGGACCUUUUCUACAACGAACAUCUAUUCGAUGGCUACGAUCCGGCCACAAACAAACUUUCAAACCGAGCCCACAUUUCUGAGAUGGUGGCAGUUCUUGGACCACCGCCUGUCUCUUUCCUGGAGAGGAGCGAGACGAGUUGGAAAUAUUUCGAUCACUCCGGUUGCCUCACGACCGGUGUGGACCUGAGCAACAAGCAUUCGUUGGACGUCAGGGAACAGCGUCUUGACGGCGAGAAUAAGCGGCUUUUCCUCGAGUUCGUCAAGUCAAUGUUACGGUGGGAUCCGAAUGAGCGGCUCACUGCGCGUGAACUCCUCGAUGACCCUUGGCUGAAUAACUACAACUUGUAA